AUGUACGCCGCAACUAUCCUCCUCUCGAUCCUGGCUGGCCAGGCUGUCGUUGAGGCUGCUCCCCACGCCGCCCUGACCAAGAAGCCGUACCACCUCGCUCCUCGUCAAAAUGGUGAAUAUUCUACUACACCUAAGCCAAACGGUGUCAGUAUCGUCACCAGUACCAUCACUGUCACCGUUCCCCCGAGCUCGGAGCGUACGUUUACGAGCACGAUUCGUCAUACUGUGGUGGUCGCCCCACCCCUUCCUACAAGUAGCGUCACUCCUGUCACGCCUGUUGCGCCGGUCACGCCUGUUAAGGCGGUCACGCCUGUCCUGUCCUCUGUUACGCCGGUCACGCCGAUCACGUCUCACUUGACUUCGCACACUCCCACUUCGGCUCCUAAGCCUACUUCGACCCCUCAACCCACGUCGAGCCCAAAGCCCACUUCGACCCCUAAACCCGCUCCACCUCCUGAACCCAAGCCUACUUCAACCCCAAAGCCCACUUCUACUCCUAAACCCGCUUCGGAUCCUGCACCCACUGUGACUCCUAAGUCCACUUCGAACCCUCAGCCGACUACGACUCCUAAGCCGACUUCGACGACGCACAAGCCGGAGCCGACCACAUCGACGUUCUCCAAGGGAAAGCAUUGCCCUUUCCCUUACCCUGGCGAGAGGUGCAGCGAGCCAAAGCAUACCACAGUGCUCAAGUAG